AUGCACAGCGUUUUUCGAAUUGGUGACAUUCGAAAACUUGAUGAGAAAAGUCCACUUUAUGAAGUGGAACUUAAACUUACCUCAGAUGAUGAUCAACAACUUCGUCAAGUAACCGACCGAAUACGAGAAGAGGUCAACCGCACUGGAUGGCAUCGAAUGGGUCAAUUGCUGCUCAAAAUAAGUCAAUUUGACAAGGGCGAAGAAUUGUACAUGGCACUACUAGAAGAGGCAUCCAACGACAGUGAUAAAGCAUUUAUCUAUAAUAUGCUUGGAAAGAUGAAAAAUGGCAAAGGGCAAUAUACAGAAGCAGCUUCAUUUUAUGAAAUGUCUCUCAAAAUUGAACGAAAAACUCUACCAGAAGAUCACCCUUCAUUAGCUAAUACCUACAACAACAUCGGUGAAGUGUAUAACGACAUGGGUGACUACUCGAAAGCAGUGGAAUUCUACAAAAAAACAAUUAAAAUACAAGAAAAAGCUUUGUCUCCUGAUGAUCCGGAUUUGGCUUUGUCCUACAACAACAUCGGUGGAGUGUAUAACAACAUGGGUGACUACUCGAAAGCACUUGAAUUUUACGAAAAAGCACUUAAAAUAAGAGAAAAAGCUCUGCCUUCGAAUCAUCCCGAUUUGGCUCAAUCCUACAACAACAUCGGUGGAGUGUAUAAGAACAUGGGCGACUACUCGAAAGCACUUGAAUUUUACGAAAAAGCACUUAAAAUAAAAGAAAAAGCACUGUCUCCGAAUCAUCCCUCAUUGGCUUUGUCCUACAACAACAUCGGUCUCGUGUAUAAGAACAUGGGUGACUACUCGAAAGCACUUGAAUUUUACGAAAAAGCACUUAAAAUAAGAGAAAAAACUCCGCCUUCGAAUCAUCCGGAUUUCGCUUAUUCCUACAACAACAUCGGUGGAGUGUAUAAGAACAUGGGUGACUACUCGAAAGCACUUGAAUUUUACGAAAAAGCACAUAAAAUUAAGGAAAACGCUCUGCCUCCGAAUCAUCCCUCAUUGGCUACUUCCUACAACAACAUCGGCCAAGUGUAUGACAACAUGGGUGACUACUCGAAAGCACUUGAAUUUUACGAAAAAUCACUUAAAAUAAGAGAAAAAGCUCUGCCUCCGAAUCAUCUCUCAUUGGCUACUUCCUACAACAACAUCGGUCUCGUGUAUAACAACAUGGGUGACUACUCGAAAGCACUUGAAUUUUACGAAAGAGCACACCAAAUUAAAGAAAAAGCUCUGCCUUCGAAUCAUCCCGAUUUGGCUAUUUCCUACAACAAUAUCGGUUUGGCGUAUUACGGCAAAGGAGACUACUCGAAAGCACUUAAAUUUUACGAAAAAUCACUUAAAAUAAGAGAAAAAGCUCUGCCUUCGAAUCAUCCCGAUUUGGCUCAAUCCUACAACAACAUCGGUGGAGUGUAUAACAACAUGGGUGACUACUCGAAAGCACUUGAAUUUUACGAAAAAUCACUUAAAAUAAGAGAAAAGGCUCUGCCUUCGAAUCAUCCGGAUUUGGCUCAAUCCUACAACAACAUUGGUAUGGCGUAUUCUGGCAAAGGUGACUACUCGAAAGCACUCUCAUUCUUAGGAAAGGCACUUGUUAUCCGUCAAAAAUCACUUCCGCCAACACAUCCUCUAAUUAAAGCAACGAAAGAUAAUAUUGAUCAUGUUAAAAAGAAAAUGUAA